AUGGCUGCCGAACUCCGCAGAAAGUUGGUCAUCGUCGGUGACGGUGCCUGCGGCAAGACUUGCCUGUUGAUUGUGUUCUCUAAGGGUACUUUCCCGGAGGUCUAUGUCCCCACUGUCUUUGAAAACUACGUCGCCGAUGUCGAGGUCGAUGGAAAGCACGUCGAGCUGGCGCUAUGGGAUACGGCUGGCCAGGAGGAUUACGAUCGCCUGCGGCCCCUGUCGUACCCUGACUCACAUGUCAUCCUGAUCUGCUUCGCCAUCGACUCGCCCGAUUCCCUGGAUAACGUUGGCGAGAAGUGGUGCUCAGAAGUACACCAUUUCUGCCCCGAUGUUCCCAAGAUCCUGGUUGGCUGCAAGAAGGACUUGCGCUACGACCCCAAGACUAUUGAGGAGCUCCGCAAGACCAGCCAGCAGCCUGUCACCCCCGAACAAGGACAAACGGUUGCGAACAAUAUCAAGGCCACCAAGUAUCUUGAGUGCUCGGCCAAGACCAACGAGGGCGUCCGCGAGGUGUUUGAGUUUGCGACACGGGCUGCCCUGCUGAAGAAGACCGGGAAAAAGAAGAGCAAAUGCACGAUUGCCUAA